AUUUGUGGUUGAUAAGCCACCGGUGGUUAGGAUAAAGCGUUUCCUUCCGAUUUGAUUAAGAAAGUCGUUAUUUGGGUCCAACUUCAGUUUUCACUGUUACAAAAUGACGAAAGGUUCUUACAGUGUUGGUGACAAUGACCACCAACCUUCAAGAAGAGAUACGUCUUACAAAUCAUUCAUUUGUGUCCUUUUGAUUUUUUUGUUCAUUUGUUUGAUAAUUCUGUUAGCUGCUAUUGGUUGGGGAAGUGGACAUGGUCGUAAUAAUUUGGAGAAAACUCCUAAAGAAACAUCAAAUCAGAGGGAUAGUCAGGUCGAAGUUUUGGAACGGAAACGUUCACAACAAUCGAACAAUACUUUUGAAAAAUUAAUCGUUGCUGAAACCACGACUUUCGUCAAUAAAAUCGUAAAUACGAUUCCUGAAAGUACUACUGAAAAAUUGGAAAAAAAGAUACUGCGUGAUAAAGAGUGGCCAAUAACUAGGCCUGUGGAGGAAAGUACAACAAAAAUUUUUGAAAGCGUAACAACUAUUACAACUCCCGAAGCAACAACAGAAGAAAACGUGGUUACAAGUACUGAUUCAGUAGUUGUAACAAAAUUAGAAAAAUUAGAUACAACACAAGUUACACUAAAUGUUACCAAGGGCCAAGGUUUUGUUGAAACUACGACUUCUGAUUAUGAAACCACUGACGAAAUUUCGAAUCAAAACGUUUCAACUGUUACGCAAAAUUUAGCCAAAGAAACGGAAUUUUCUGAAACUACUACGUUGGAAUAUGGAACCACUGAAGAAAUUUCGGGACAAAAUGUUUCAACUGUUGCACAAAACGUGUCUAAAACCGCAAAAUUAGUUGAUAACACGUUUUCCGAAACUACUACAGAAAUGUUCACACAAAAUGUUACCACUGAAGUGUCGAUCAUGGAAUCAGAAGCAAUCACGGAACCAACCCCUCAAAAAACGCCCUCCGCCUUGACCAAGUCCUCAAACCCGGUUUGCGAAAGCGUAAUUUGCAAAACCACAUCUUCGCGAAUUCUAAGCAUGAUGAACCAUUCGGCCGACCCUUGUGACGACUUUUACGAAUUUGCUUGUGGCCGCAUGUACGAAAUUGAGGAGGAAUCAGUCGAGUUCCACGAUCGUGAAAUGUUAACAAACCAAUUGGCUUUGAUCAUAGAUUCCUCCCCCAAAUACUUGAAGGACUUCAAACAGUUUUACCAAACUUGUCUCCAACACGAGGACGAUUUCAAUUACCGGCCCCGAAUGAACAAACUUGAAGUUUUGUUGAACGAAGUCGGAGAGUUUCACUUUGGUGAUGAUUCAGCCGAGGUUGAUUUAACCGAUCUCGUGGCUCAGUUGCUUCUACGUCAGUCGAUGCCACUGUUUGAUGUCGGCUUAGACGUGGACAAACACACCUCUAAGUUAAUUCUCCAAUUGACUUUACCACAACAAAGCUUUUUGCGCACCGGAACAAAUAACUGGUCCGGUUUGUCACACUUGAAAAACCAAUGCUUGAAAAAACAGAUCGGGCUAAUUCGCGGUUCGUUUGUAAAUCUGAACGAAACGUACAAAUCGUACCAGGACUGCCACCACAAUUACAGGACUUAUCUCAAUUCUAUCGAAUUUUUGAUGCGGGAGUUGGCAGCGUUCCAAAAUUUAACUCCCGAAGUUCUGUUUAAGGAAAUCGUAGCCACGCGGCAAAAUAUUGAAUUUGAAGUUUUAAACAAUCUCGAUUCGUUGCCAUCACCAGCCGAUAUUUUGCGCCAGUUCAUCCAAAAGCAAUACGAAGUGCGCAAGCUAUCCGACCUGAAAUUCCAUUACCCGGUUUUGGACUGGAUUAGGCUUUUCCAGAUAAUGACCGGGCGCCAAAUUGCCGAAAACACAACCAUUCAGAUUUAUUUCAGCGAUUAUUUCAAGCAAAUUUUUGCAUCGCUUGCGCGAAUCGACAAGAAGAAAUUAAACAACGCCCUAUUGGCAAUCCACGCCUACGACCUGUACAUAAACACAGUCGUGCCGAAGGAGAAAAACACGCGGGAAAAAUUCUGUACGGACUUGGCCAAACAAUUAUUUCCCGAAGUUUGGUCCCAGCUUGUCCACAGUUCGGCCAAAGACCGGGAGAAGUUGAACGGUCAAGUCGGUGGCAUUUUCGGUGUUUUGAAGACGCAUUUUUGCAAAAAACUUCUCACCGCUGAGUGGAUUGAUGACGACACGAGGACGGCAAUUGUGAACAAGUGUAACAAUUUGAAUUUGGUUUUUUUCACUCCGUGUGACGAAGCUACGAUUGUUGAUAAUUACGAGGACUUGAACGUCACUUCCAACUUUCAAGGGAACUUAAUCAAUAGUCUUGUCCACUUCAAACAGAGGGUUUAUUCAACACAAGGGACCCCAAUUUCGGCCAAAACAAUAUUUUCGUACUUUGUGGACCCUCUGGACACCAAGCCCUUAACAUUUUAUUCAAAUCCGUUAAUUGCUGUUCCUUUGGGCUUGAUGCGCAAAGCCCCUCAGGGUCUUCCUGAUUAUUUGACUAUGACCCGCGUUGGUUUUUCUUUAGCCCGUCAAAUAGCCCGGCAUUUUGACCCCACGGGAAUGACCUACGGGGUCAAAUUAAAAUCUUUUUCAAAAUCCACUUAUUCCGAAUUUGUCGAAACCAUGAAAAAUCUAAUGGACUAUUCAAGCCCCAGACUGUUCGAGGGACGAAACAUCAGUUUCAGUCUGAACGGGUUGUUGUCAGUGAACGAAAGAAUCGUCGAUAACACGGCUUUUCGCCUAGUUUUCGACUCGUUGAAUCUUCAACCAGACCAGGAUAUUUUGCCCUGGAUUUCGGCGCAAUAUUCCCGCGAAAAAAUCGCCUUCAUAGCGACAGCUCAAGAAUUUUGCACGAAAACAACAAUUCUGGACUUCAUGUUGCAAGUUUUCGAAAAGCGCCACUUGCCGGCGGUUCUCCGCGUCGAAAACAUUAUGGGAAAUUCGGAAGAUUUGGCGAAUAAAUUCGCGUGUCCUGACGGCUCAGGCAUGGAUUUUUACGUCAAGUUGCAGUUUCCUUACUUGACCAAAGUCGAAGAAGAGUACGAGGAUGAGGAACAAUUGCAACAGAAUAAAUGAUUUGCAAAAAAAAAUAAUUAUAAAGGUCGUUUUUUGAUAAAUAAAGUUAGCGGAAAAGA